AUGGGGUGUACCAGCCUUUCCCACCCCCCUCCUCCACCACCUGAGAGGACAGCAGGAAAGCGCCACACUGAAACAGAAACAAAGCUUUCCCCAGACUCCCAGUCUCCUGGCAGCUUAUCUUGGAUUUCCCAACCUCUAGAACCACGAGAAGUGCAUUUCUACUAUAGAAAUUGGGUCCUUUUCGAAGGUAGGAAAAAGCAGCCUCUGUGUGGCUGUGAGCAACAAGCAGUGUCCAAGCAGUCUUGGGGGUUGAAGCUGACUGUGUGGUCUGACACGUGCCUCUGUGCGGGCAGCGCCCGCCCUCCUGUGCAGAAAGACGGAAACAGGGCCCCUACCCCACAAAACAGGACUGCCAACUCAGAUUCUGCAGUUCUCCAGCUCCAGUGCCCCAUUCUGGGGGGUGACUUUGCACAGCUUCCUCCUGCAAUCCCGGUAACAAAGUACUUUAGCUUUGCACUGGUUUUCUCUGACUCCCUCUCCUCUUCCUGUAUCAAGAGAAAGACGGGCCCAGCAAAGCAGCAGAAACAGACUAAGCCGAAGGAGAAGGACAACAUCUUGAUGGCUUCAGCAAACUACUGUGAGUCUCCCCACCAUGGCGCUGUGAAAGAAACAAUACUGACUCAACAAGCUGUAAGAGCAAAAUCUGGAAAGGAAAAACACAUAGGAAAUCCUCAAAGCACUGGUUAGGGUAAAUACAUGAAUUUAAAAUACAAAAAGUAACUAAAAUAGCCAUCAUGGCCUGAAGAAAACCAUGUGUUCAAGUAACUAAAUAUAUAUUUAUUCAUGUAAAUGAAUGUGAUUCCAGUAAAUAAGUUGAAAUUAAAAGACUCUAGAGUA